UCUCCGAUCGGUUCUUCAGGCUUCAGCAGAGCGAGCAGCUGCUUCAACAUUUCUAUUCAGUAGAAACCUCAGUAGAAUCUCACCAUGGCAGAGAGGAGAGCAGCGGUGAAGGAAACAGCAGAGCCCGACUUCCUGCAGUUUAAUGAUCUGGCCUGUGAGGCGGUCGGUGGGAAGGUUGUUUUUGCUACAGACGAGUGGUUCGCUCCUGCUGCCAACCUGCUGAAGAGAGAGCCGCCGCAGUUCAUCGCCUCUGCCUUCACUGAGUUUGGAAAGUGGAUGGACGGAUGGGAGACGAGGAGAAAGAGAAUAACGGGUCAUGACUGGUGCAUCAUCCAGCUGGGAGUACCGGGGCGGAUCUACGGCUUCGACGUCGACACGUCCUUCUUCACUGGAAACCAUUCGCCCUACGUCUCCAUCCAGGCCGGCUGUCUGGACGAACCGCCCACCUUAACUCUGGAGGGAGACCGGACUGGCAUGGCUGCCUCUGACAGUCAGCUGGCUGCUGUCGCCAAGCUGGGCUCGGAGGCGUGGCCUGAGCUGGUGUGCGUGUCGGAGCUGAAGCCUGGAUACUCCGACUGCGGCCACAACUCAUUCAAGGUCACCUUCAACAACCGAGUCACACACCUGCGCCUCAACAUGCACCCAGAUGGAGGGAUAUCCAGGCUGCGGGUGUACGGCGUCGGGCAGAGAGACUGGUCGUCUGUCUCCUCCCACCAAGACGUCGACCUGGUGGCUCUAACCAAUGGGGGAGUCUGCCUCGGCUACAGCGACGCCCACUUUGGGCAUCCACGCAACAUGAUUGGUCUCGGCCGAGCUGUCAACAUGGCCGACGGCUGGGAAACGGCCCGCCGACUGGACAGACCCAAACACCUGAAGGUGGACCAGCGAGGGAUCCUGCAGGUCCCGGGCUGGGAGUGGGCGGUGUUUCGCCUCGGUCAUCCUGGAGUGAUCAGCAGCGUCGAGGUCGACACCAACCACUUCAAAGGUAACUUCCCGGACUCCUGCAGUAUCGAGGGUUGUUCUUUGACCCCUGAGGAGGAAGCUCAGUGCAUCAAGACUAGGUGGAAUUCUGGGAAAUGGCAGGUCCUUCUUCCCCCUCAGAAACUGCGUCCUCAUCACAGACAUCUCUACAGUGAGGCCGAGCUCGCUCUCAGCUCACCUGUCAGCCACGUUCGCCUCAUCAUCAGCCCUGACGGAGGGGUCAGCCGGCUCCGCCUCUGGGGUCGACCCACGCCCGUCAGUGUAGCUCCGGCCAAUCAGAAGAGGCCGGCGUCCAAACUGUGAUGCUCCGAACACCCGACGUCCAUCACUGAACAUCAAACACAGAGAGGAUGUAAAGUUUCUGUGUUUAAUUACGUUUCUACGGAAGCCCUGAAAGGCAAGCGAGAACUUUUUUUUUUUUUUCUGGUGAUCCAUUUUCUGAGUCUGAUCCAAAUUAUUUUCUCUCCUGACUUACGACUUAAGAACAGGUGAAAAUAAAUGUUUUACCAGGAUGAUGUGUCUAAGGUCCUUCUUUUUCUUCUUUUUUUCUGUGAAACAGCUGGAAAUAAAAAAUUCAGGAUCA